AAUCCUACAGUGUAUGACGAUUCAUUGUAUAUCCCUUCAGAUCCACCAUCCAAGGGUAAAAAUAAGAAAUACUGGAUUAUAGGAGCUAUAUUGAUAGCGUUAAUUUGUAUAGGAAUCAUUGCUGGAUUGGUGUACUUUUUCUAUGAUACUGGAAUAUAUGGUGAUUUGAGUAAAAGAAAGGGUGAAACGACAACACCAAAAACAGAUACAGAAGAACCAGAUACAAGUGCAGCUGUUCUGUAUGCCAGUAGCAUGCUAGAGGGUUCUAUGACCAUUAAGGAUGGACCUUAUGCGACAUACCUGCCAGAACUAAAUGUGUCAGACGCUAAACGGACUAUGGAAAUCAAACGAUUGUUCCAGUACCAGAUGGACAAUGCAGUUAAGACUAGUAAAUAUAAAAAUAUAUUUCUACACAGUACAGUACAUGAGCUUAGGAACUACGAUGGUAAAGUCAAUGUAAAGUACGGCCUCACCUUCUCCAAGAAACAAAACGUUACUGAAGAUAUGAGACAAAACAUCAUAGAAAUGACGAAGAACGCUAUGGGGGACAAUGGCGUUUUCGGAGUCUUCAUCAUUGAUACAGAAAGUGUCGAUAUAGCGUCAAAGGCGGUACCCGAACCUCCAACAGAACCCCCGGUGACUUAUCCGACAGCAAAUCCUGGUCAAUGUGUUGGAAUAGGCGAUAUUUCAAGAGUAAGUUUAUGCCAGACGUAUGAGACACCCUUCAAUGAAACUUCGCUACCCAACAUUUUCAACCACACUACCAUAGACGAAGCCAUUGGUGGAUUUGAACUUGCCUACGGAGUUCUCCAUUCUGCCACGCAUUGCUACGAGGAGAUAGCUCACUUCACGUGUUCUUUAUUCUUGCCUCGGUGCUCGGGAAAUGAAACGGUACCGUACAAUCAGAUACCUCCUUGUAGGAGCUACUGUGAAGAGGUCACCAGGCGAUGUGGAUUCUUCACCAAACUACUCCGACCCAUGGCUCCUGGAAUAGAUGUCGAAUGGUGGUUCAAGUUCAACUGCUCAGACCUGCCAGACUCUGACGACACUCACAUAUGCACGCAAGAACUAAGAACCACUCCUAAAGAAAUAGUGUGUGGUGAUGGAGAGGUGAAGUGUGAUGGUGAUAGAUGUAUUCCACAAAACUGGUUCUGCGACUCCUACCAGGACUGCGAAGACAAUACAGACGAACAGUCGUGCUCCUCGUGUGAGUCUACCCAACAUAAAUGUUCCACUGGUUUGUGUAUUGAAAAAUCCAAAGUUUGUGAUGGGAAGUCUGAUUGUGUAAGGGGUCCUGACGAGGAUGAUUGUGUUCGAUUGUUCUCAAGCAAAAUGGAUAACAAGCAGGGCAAAUUGCAGGUGUUUAAUGCUGAGACAGAUACUUGGGAGACGAUGUGUGCAGAUAACUGGAUGAAAGACUACAAUGGGUUGGUCUGUGAGAGUCUAGGAUAUGAUAGAGAAUCUAGCAAUGCCCCCAACCAGUUCUACAACUACAGUCUCGAGGAAAGCAGCACUACGAGUCUGAAAGGCGAAGUUUGGCAAAAUGGUUCACUGACACAAAACAUCAAUAAAAGCUCUACAUGUACCAGUGGCAAGGGUGUAUACCUUGUAUGUGAAGACGUCCAGUGUGGAACAAGACCAGCCUACCAUCCACCCUUGGGAAGAAUUUUGGGUGGGAACGAGGCCUCCCCAGGUUGGUGGCCCUGGUUCGUUAGCCUUGAAGGAGGCCCAGAUCAGAAACAUUUCUGUGGGGGAGCUAUCAUAAAUGAAGAAUGGGUGCUCACUGCGGCACAUUGCGUUGGAGGGAUAAAUACAGGCUAUCCAGAGGAGUGGACCAUUAGAGCAGGUCAUCCGAGAAAAGACACAUUCGGUGCUCAUCUUCAGAUAAGAGGCGCCAAUGCAACAUACAGCCAUCCAGGUUUUGACAAAUAUAUGUUCAACAAUGAUGUCGGGCUAAUCCACUUGGAUGCGCCAUUUGUGUUCAACGACUUCGUAAGACCUGUGUGUCUACCACAAGGUGGGGCUGACCUUGAAGAGGGCACGAUGUGCACAGCAGCAGGCUUUGGCUGGAGAACAGAAGAUGCGGGUGAAUACGAGAGGGUGCUACGACAAGUACAGGUGCCAGUUAUGAGUAAGGCAGACUGCAAGCAGAUGCUAGAACCCUUAGGUUAUCGGAUAACAGAUGAAAUGCUCUGUGCUGGGGGUGAAAAGAUGAUGGACAGUUGUAAUGGUGACUCUGGCAGUGCUCUGGUGUCUCAAGAUACAAGAGGAAGAUGGGUGUCACGAGGGGUGGUUUCUUUUGGUUAUUACUGUGGACGAGCCGGAUACCCAGGUGUAUAUAGUAGAGUAUCAACAUUUGUUCCUUGGAUCCAAGAAACGAUAGCAAACAACUCAGACGUUUAG